UGAAAGAGCAGAUGUGACUGGUGCAACAGGUCAAAGACUCAAAGAAGGAGGUCAUAUUAACAAAUCACUAGUUACCUUAGGAACAGUUAUUUCUGCCCUUGCUGAUAUGUCAAGUACUCAAACAAAGAAAACAAUUUUUAUUCCCUAUCGAGAUUCAGUUUUAACUUGGUUAUUAAAAGACAGUUUAGGUGGCAAUUCCAAAACAAUUAUGAUAGCAGCUAUUUCACCAGCUGAAUGCAAUUAUGGUGAAACUUUGAGUACUUUAAGAUAUGCUAACAGAGCUAAGAAUAUCAUUAAUAAACCCACAAUUAACGAAGAUCCAAAUGUUAAACUAAUCCGUGAACUUCGCAAUGAAAUUGCUCACUUAAAAUCUCUUCUUGGAGAUAGUAUUAAUUCAUCUCCUAUGAUGAUAGAAAAAUUACAUGAAAAUGAAGCAAGAGUAAAAGUAUUAACGGAAGAAUGGACGGAAAGAUGGAAAGAAACACACAAAAUUCUUAAAGAGCAAAGAACAUUAGGGCUUCGAAAAUCUGGACAAGGAGUGGUGUUAGAUUCUGAAUUACCUCAUCUUAUUGGUAUUGAUGAUGAUGUACUAAGUACAGGCAUAACGCUUUAUCAUUUAAAGGAAGGUACAACUUAUAUUGGAACAGAAAAUUCAUCAGGGAAAAAAGAUAUAGUAUUGAAUGGAGUUGGAAUUGAAGAUGAUCAUUGCAUUAUUGAAUUACAAGAUGGAAAAGCUACCUUAAUACCAUUAGGAAAAUCUGAAUGUUUUGUAAAUACAAUUUUAAUAGAUAAACCAACUCGUAUAUCUCAAGGUAAAUAUAUAUUAACGUUACUAUUUAAAAUAUUGACCAAAAAUAAUACAAUAUAUUUGAGGAGGCGCAUUAGUGAAGCUUCUAAGUGGCUUACAGAAUUGUGUUCAUUCUCAAAAUCUGUUUGAUCGAUUUUGAUUAAAUAUUGCCAUUUUCCAUUAAUUGUGAUGAGAAAUCCAAAAACAUUUAUAAGAAAUGGGGGUUUAUGACUUUGCAUUUGAGAUACAAUGUCGUAGCACAUAUGUGUGUGACAAAGCAGUAUUGUGUGAAUUGCAAACAAUGUUCCAAGGUCACUAGUGUGUCUUCUAUUGACUUAUAAAAUUGAGUUUGUUCUCAAAAUUUGAUGGGCUGAUUUUGAUGAAGCUUUACCAUUUUCCAUUAAUUGCAAUGAGGAAUCCAAAAAUGUAAUGAGAGUCCUUGACUUUUUUCAAUAUAUAGCAGAGUCAAAGUGACAAUGUCAGUGCUCCCUGACGAUGGAGUGCCAAAAUUCCGAACUUGUUAUGUAGGCAAACUUAUAAAUUCAUAGAAAAUUGUCACACAUGAGUAUGAAAAAUUAUAUUAUAAAAUAUACAUGCAUCAUAUUAAUAAAAGGUGACUUUAUAAUUUUUAAAUUUGUAACAUACUAAUAAAAGAUUUAUCCAAAAGGUGUCAUAUUUAAGUUUGUUUCCAUUCCAAAUGCUCUAGCCACAUAUGUAGAUACAAGGAUUGUCUCUGUGCCUAAUAAGUGCAAGGAUCACUUCUUUCUUUCUAGCUCUGCCUCAAUUCUAUUGCAAUAUGAUGAAGUUGCACAACGUCCUAGUUUAUGUAUUAUACAGGAUAAUGCAUAAAAUAUUUACAGAUAGUCCCAGACUUAUGACAGAGGUCUGUUUUUUAGGACUCGUCAAAGACAAUAUGUCAACAAUAUUACAUUGCUGACAUAUUGUCUUUCACCUUCUUUCUUUUGUCAUGUUUUUAAUUUUUUUGCUAUUGAUUUUGAAUUGUUCAU